CACAUCUGUUAAAUUAGAAACUCAAAUGCAAAAACUCGCAUCAAAACAUACAGAAUAUUUCGGUUAAAAAUAACAAAUUGUGUAUAAUUGAUGUGAAUUGUGUAAAUAUACAUAGAUUUUUGAUUUAAAAUUCAAAAUUUUAAUAAAUAAAAAAAAAAUAUUGGAUGAAUACAAAAAUCAAAUUGAAAGUGAUUUUACAGUUAGUGACGACGCACAUAUAGAAUUUAAUAAAAUUACAUUUUAGAAUGCAAACAAAAAUGAGUCAAAGCACAAGUAAACAGUUCCGUGAGGCAUACAAUAAAUACCAAAAACUUGCUGCCGAGAAAAAAUAUGAGCAAAGUCUUAAUCUGCUUCCACAAAUUGGCGUGAAAGAAAAUUAUGUCAAUUACACGGAGCAUGUGAAUUAUAUACUGCGAUCAGCAUGCUAUGCCAUGAAAUCGGUGAAAAAAACCGAAUACAUUAUAUCUGUUGUGAAUGAAUGGAAAAAUGUGUUUUCAGCACUAUCGACGACACACCAUCACGAAAAAUUCAUAACGUGUUUGAAGUACUUCACAGUUACUAGCAAUGCAACAAACUAUCUGUCACUUUUCUGGGGAUUAGAGCCGUCCGUAUUUGAUCUAGGCGCUUGGUUAAAAGCAAUCAACACAUAUUUAUUUGAUGUACUUCGAAAUUCAGUCAACGCAAAAUCAAUCGCCAGAGAUGACAACAGUCGUAAGGAAAUCUACUUGGAUUUGACACAAUUGCUGAUAGUAUUCGUGCAAUGCGAAGCAAAGCGACCAAACUCAUUACGGUUGAAUUUUACGGAGAGUAGACGUUUUUUGGAAAAUUGUAAACAUCUUAAGCUGUUCAAAGGAGAAGGCGAUCCAAAACAAGAUGCCGCUAUAAAACAGUACCAUACAUGUUUUAAAUUGCUGGAAUCAUUGCUCAUCGUUCUCAGUUCGGAUCGUGUGAAAAUGGAAAAGGCCAUUCAACAAUUUCGAGAUGAAUUAAAAUCAUUGAUGGCAUUGAAUGAACUACGUGCCACACUGGUUCAAGACAACAUGGUGACGGUGGCAAAAAUGCUAAAAGCAUGCGAUUCGCAUUUUAUCAGAACGAUCGAUUCGAAAGUGGCCAUCGAACAUUUUCAACUGAUUCGAUAUAUUAUGGUCGUUCUGCGAAAGGUGAAAUCGGAAAAGACAUUUUGUGAUAAAUGUGAUGCGGUCGCAAAUCAUUGUUCGCAUGAAUUGGCCAUGUUGACUGUGGAUGUAUGCUCAGCACUGAUCGAAAAACACAUCGAUAACAGUACGAUUCAAACCAUUGAAUCUAUAAUUCAGUUCGAUUUCGAGGCAAUUACCAAAUUAAAAUGUGGAAAAGUUUUUGAUACGCAAUACGAGACCGUUAGUAAAUUCAAAACGCUGAUGAAAAAUUCCGAAUCGAUAAAAAAUGUUGAAUACAUAGUACCUGUCGUGAAGGCCGCAUUGAAAUGUUCACAACGAUUUAAAUUGGUGGAUGACAUUAUAAAGUUCGAUGUUGUUUACAUUUGCCAUUGUUUGUUCACUAUUCUAAAUGCAAAAAAUGAACGGAACGAACUGAUCGAUGUCGAGCUUAUAAAUGUCGGUUACUUGAUGAUGGCAUUUCAUUCGACAGUUCCAGAGCAUCCACUCAAUUGUGUCACAAUCGCAUGGACCAUAGCCAAGAUUCAAAAAGAGAAUAAAACAACAAUAACACCGUACGAUCACUUUAACAGUCCCAGCACAGAAGCAAUGUAUGGUCUACAGUUGCCGAAAGAUUUCGAUGUGAAUAAAGUGGCGUUGGCACUUUUAAAAGUCGGAUUCAAAUUCAAUGUGAUUGCGCCUGAACUCAGUAAUAAAAUUAUUCAUCAAAUGCUGAUGAAAAUACGAGUCAACGAUUCAAAUUCAUUGCGAUUUGCGUUAUCGGUGCAUUUAAUAAAAUUCGAUAAAAUGACCAGCGAUCGAGUCGAUGAGAUUGUUAAUGCGUUACAUGCUAAAAGCAAAAAAGAUCCGUCGAUUGCUCUACAAAUUGCUGCCAUAAAAUACCUUCGAUUUCAUCAUGAAACAUUACGAGUCGGUGAAAAUCAUUCAAACAUUCACAUAAGUGAGUCAUUGACAGAAGUGAGCCUGGCAUCAGAUAACAACAUAUUUCGAGAGAUUACAUUGGACUAUGAAAAGGAUCAGGUGAAAAUGUUGCACGACGUAAAGAAAUCAUACAUUGAUUUCACCGAUUUUUACUUGAGCCAAACGGAAGAUGAACGAAAACCAUAUGAAGAUGAAAAAGAUUUACUUUUACGUGACUUUAAAACCGUUGCCAAUCAAUUUGUUGUUCGUGGUUACAUUGAAGAUGGAUUGGAAAUGUUUAUGUCAUUAUUUAAACUGUCCGCAGCGGUCAACGAUGAUUUAGGCAAAAUCGAUGCAUGUUCAUUUUUUGCCGAGCAUAGUGACGAUUUCAAGCAAAAAUACCCAAAAGAAAAUCUCAAAGAAAUCAUUGGCGCAUGCUUUACUGCCACGGUGACCGAACUCAAGAAAAUGAACGAUUUAUCGAAACGAAAACAAAAUCAAAUUUGCUUCUGCAUGUUAAAUUUUGUAUUGUUUUAUUUUGCUGAAUGUGGUGAACAUAAAAGAGAAAUACACAUGAUUUUGACAUUUAUAUUCAAUGCAAUCGGAGAUCCAAACGAUAAAACAAUGGAAGCCACGGUGAAGGCUGUGGUUGGUCCAUCGCAAAUGAACCAACGUACAAAUUAUAAAACCAUCGAAAUUCAUUCGGAAGCGGUGCGCAUCAAAUUUUACUCCGUGAUGUUUACAAUAAUUACCAAAUUUGGAGCGCCAACUGUAUUUCAUCCGACAAAAUUUAUUCAUUUUGCUAUGAAUCAUGUGAAAAAAUAUUUGAAACUUUAUUUUGAUUCGACGGUGGGCAUUCCAAUAAUGCUAUUUAACAUGCUGCCGCAAAUGAUCGGCUGGCAAGAGAAUAGAUAUGAACAGGAAGUUGAAAGCAAAUCGUUGGUGAUAACAUUGUUGAAAUUAGCUGUGAAGUCUGGAUACGCAUUGCGUACGGCAAAUCUGAUGGUGAUUCUGAUGCAAAUGGAUUUAAUGACGGAGAAAUUGCAAGCGUGCAAGACACAAUUCAAGGCGCUCGAACACAUGAUGAUUUCAAACGCACCAGAACCAGCCGAGUACAAACAUUUAAAAAGUAAUGCUCUUACAGUAGAUAACCAAGAGAUUUCAUGCGAACCAAUUCGAAAGACGGUUUCUGUGAAAAGUCCGAAAAGAGUUUCACCCAACCAGUACACCGGAUCAAAAUUAACGUCUCCAUCAACACAGCACAUAAGAUUUCUGCCAAACCAUACGAAUGGAUGUGAAUGUGGUUUAUGUUUCAACGCACAAAAUAGACUCCAUGUAUUUUGUGUGGCUGUUGCCUACGCUCGAUUUGCUUAUAUCAACGAUGACGAUUACGAUUCGGGACAAAAACGAGCAAUAUUCACUGAAUUGAUCAAAUAUUGGGUUAAAAGAGAAAAGAGUUUCGCCAAAGAUGAUCUGUAUUAUUUGAUUUGUGCUCGUAUGUUCAUGUAUCAAAGCCAUUAUUUGUGGAAAUACGAGAAAAAUUACGAAGCCGCCAAAAAAUCGAUGCGUUGUGGUUUGACUGAAUUGGAAAAAGUGAAAAAUGGCAUCUUCGACUCAUUAAAACUUGAUCUACAAUUUCAACUUGCAACACAAACCGAGUCAAUUUGUCAAAUGAAAAUGGCAAAAGAGGAGAAAUUAAAGGGACUGUAUGGUUAUAUGCAGUAUCGUAAGAAAUUUGACGACGAAACAAGCCCUAUCGAUACUGAAAAAAUGAAAAAACCACGUGCGCCUGUAAAAAGUACUGUAAAAAGUGAAGUAAUUCCAACAACACCGAAUCCACGAUUGAAUUUAAUCGAUAUGGUAACGAAUAAGAAGAAAGCACCGGCUUGUAGUAAUUUCCAAAUAUAUGUGCCUACAGAUGAUGCGACACCGGUUCGAUCAAGACGUGCCCGAAUAAAAACAGUUAGCGACGUACCAAAAACAACAGAAAAGCCAAAACGUGUUGCCAAAUCAAAAUCACCGAAAGAAAGCGAACCAAGCGAUACUGACACUUUGGAAUUGUCUACGAAAUUAGAUAAAAUAACGAUUUCUUCGCAAGAUAAUAAAAUGGCAUCGAAGCCAACGGCACAAACAAGAACGAAGAAAAAUCUUGUAGCCAAUGAAUUUAUUGACAUAAUUACGCCACCUGAAACGGACAACAAAUCGACAAAAACAUUAAGCCCAGAAACACCGAUCACAUCGAAAGUCAAACCACAAAAAAUUCCAAAGAAACCAAGAUGUACGAACAACAAAAUGGAACGUUAGAAUCAAUUAACAUUGACUGAUUUCAGAUGUGCUUACCACGUAAUUAUAAUAAAUAGAAAAUUUAGACGAAAAAAAAUACGAGUGAUGAUUUUAAUAAUUCAAUUUUAACGUUUAAAAUGUCUUGACAAUGGAAUAAAUUAAAUAUGAUCGGGUUGUUCACCAAAACAAUUUUUAGAAUAUGUAAGAGUCUCAUUGCAAAAGUCUGAUUAAAUUACCUAUUUUACAUAAAUUGAUUGUCCAAAAUAAGAAUCAAUAAAUGUUAUCACGUUCUCUG